UUUUUCACAUUUUUUAUUAUAAAAUGUUUAAACUGUGGCAGGCGCAGCUGAGGAACGCCGUACAAGAAGCAUAGGGCUUACGUCAUCAUCGGCUCGCAGAGUAGUCACAUGACGCUCUCCCCUCUCCCCCCCUUCUGCUCUUACGUCUAUUCAGGCGGCGGCUCUCUGAUUUAUAAUUUUAUUUUAUGGUAGGUCCCACUUGCUUUGUUGCUCAACGUCUCGUUUGUAUGUCAUCAAAGAAAUGGGUACCGUUGAAUCUGAGUGAAACAAAUCGAAGGGUUGAGAAUGCGCUGAGCGUUCUUUUUAUUAAGGUCUUGCCGUCCAACCGACGAUUACGGGUGACCUAGUGGGUCCCUCUCACUUUUUACAUCUUCGGCUUUACCCCAUCUCUUUUUGCUUUUGUUGACACACACAGACAUUAGCAUAGACACACUUACUCUCUCUUUGUUUCUGUUGAUCGCAAUGGCGUCGUCACGUGAAGGACACUACAGAGGGGUUCGCAAGAGACCGUGGGGAAGAUACGCUGCCGAGAUACGUGACCCAUGGAAGAAGACUAGGGUUUGGCUGGGUACAUUCGACACACCGGAAGAAGCUGCACUCGCAUAUGACGGUGCAGCCAGGUCUCUCCGUGGCGCCAAGGCCAAGACGAACUUUCCCCCGCCUGUCACUGCUAAUCUCCCGCUCGAUCUCAACCUUCCAUCUGACAUUAAUAACAAUCAUCAUCAUCAUCGGUGGAUCAGUACUCCUUCAACUCCAUACCAUCACCGUCAUCAGCAGCGCUUCGCUUUUGGUGAGUUUUUACAAACUGGAGUACUUAAAGAAGUGAACUUUGAUGGACAGACAUCAGCUUCUGUUAAAAACGUUGACGCUGCCGUUUCUGGCGGCGCACCCAUGCCUGAAAAUGUCUCCACCGCGUCGUUAUUGGGGAUUGUGAGACGUGGCUUGCCUAUUGAUUUGAAUGAGCCUCCACCGUUGUGGCUUUGAGCUAGGCUUCCUGUUAUAGGCAUUUUACGGCGUCUCUUUUCUGCUUCACUUUCAUAUCACUUUAUCCUUUCUUUUGACUACUUCUAGCUAUCACCCUUUUUUGUUUAUUAAAUGUGUACCGUUUUUUCCUUUAUUAGAGGAAUUAACAACAAAAAGGGAAAAAAAACAAGAAAAAGGAUGAUCAGAAUUAGUAGGAAUCUGAGAACUCAUUCAUGUAUAUAUAUAUAUAUGCCUUUGUUUUCUGUUUCUAUGAACAUUUUGCUCUUUGUUAUUUUUGUUUUUCGUAAUUCUCCUGCUUUUGUGUUUUGACCUUUAGCCGAUGGGAUUUAAACGGCCGGUGAUAUUAUCAUUCUUUCUUCCUAAUUUUCCGACAGCUUUGAUUCCUUUGACCCACUGCCCUGAUAUUUGGACGAUGGAUUUGCCAAACCUAAAACACAAGCAUUCUGGAUUUUUAAGGUACAAAAACGCCGGUUCCACGCGCUGGUUACGAACGCGCCGUUAUUGACUGUUUGUGCUGUCUGUAAAAACGUAGUCUUUUGUUAUGGGACAAUGCGACGCAAGCGUGUGUGUUUAGCAUUCCUUUUUCAGUUUUAUAGUCCAGAGAUCUGGUUCUGAUAAACUUGUCAGCGUACAAAUUUUCCCAAGUGUAUGCCCACGGUCGCUUUGAGCGCGUGUAAUUUUAUCAGUAAGUUACCAAAAUACCCUUGUUCUUGCAAA